CUGUCUGCCGCGGUCCCUCCCUUUCUCCCUCAGCGCCGAGGAGAGGAGCGUCCGGUGGUCCCGGCCCCGGCUCCGGCUCCGGCUCCGGCUCCGCCCCCGCCCCCGUCCCCCAGCCCUCCCGGUCCGGCCCCGGAGCCCGGGGGCCCCGCCGCCAUCAUGCCGGCCGUGUCCAAGGGUGACGGCAUGCGGGGCCUGGCCGUGUUCAUCUCGGACAUCCGCAACUGUAAGAGCAAAGAGGCAGAGAUUAAGAGGAUCAACAAGGAGCUGGCCAACAUCCGGUCCAAGUUCAAAGGGGACAAGGCCCUGGAUGGGUACAGCAAGAAGAAGUAUGUCUGCAAGCUGCUCUUCAUCUUCCUCCUGGGCCACGACAUCGACUUCGGCCACAUGGAGGCUGUGAACCUGCUCAGUUCCAACAAGUACACGGAGAAGCAGAUUGGCUACCUGUUCAUCUCGGUGCUGGUGAACUCCACGUCGGAGCUGAUACGUCUCAUCAACAACGGAGUCAAGAAUGACCUGACCAGCCGGAACCCCACCUUCAUGUGCCUGGCCCUGCACUGCAUCGCCAACGUGGGCAGCCGCGAGAUGGGCGAGGCCUUCGCUGCCGACAUCCCCCGGAUCCUGGUGGCAGGGGACAGCAUGGACAGCGUCAAGCAGAGUGCCGCCCUGUGCCUGCUGCGCCUGUACAAGGCCUCGCCCGACCUCGUGCCCAUGGGCGAGUGGACGGCCCGUGUGGUACACCUCCUCAAUGACCAGCACAUGGGCGUGGUCACUGCUGCUGUCAGCCUCAUCACUUGCCUCUGCAAGAAGAACCCUGAGGACUUCAAGACUUGUGUCUCUUUGGCUGUGUCGAGGCUGAGCCGGAUCGUCUCCUCAGCCUCCACAGACCUCCAGGACUACACCUACUACUUUGUCCCCGCUCCGUGGUUGUCUGUGAAGCUGCUCCGUUUACUGCAGUGUUAUGCACCACCAGAGGAUGCCGCAGUGAAGGGGCGGCUGGUGGAGUGUCUGGAAACAGUCCUGAACAAGGCCCAGGAACCCCCCAAGUCAAAGAAGGUGCAGCAUUCCAAUGCCAAGAACGCCGUCCUCUUCGAGACCAUCAGCCUCAUAAUCCACUAUGACAGUGAGCCCAACCUCCUGGUGCGGGCCUGCAACCAGCUGGGCCAGUUCCUCCAGCACCGUGAGACCAACCUGCGUUACCUGGCCCUAGAGAGCAUGUGCACGCUGGCCAGCUCCGAGUUUUCCCAUGAGGCCGUCAAGACCCACAUCGACACGGUCAUCAACGCCCUUAAGACGGAGCGUGAUGUCAGUGUGAGACAGCGGGCGGCUGACCUCCUCUACGCCAUGUGUGACCGAAGCAACGCCAAGCAGAUUGUGUCGGAGAUGUUGCGCUACUUGGAGACGGCCGACUACGCCAUCCGGGAGGAGAUUGUGCUGAAGGUGGCGAUCCUGGCUGAGAAGUAUGCGGUGGAUUAUAGCUGGUAUGUGGACACCAUCCUCAACCUGAUCCGCAUUGCGGGCGACUAUGUGAGUGAGGAGGUGUGGUACCGCGUGCUCCAGAUUGUCACCAACCGGGACGACGUGCAGGGCUACGCGGCCAAGACUGUCUUUGAGGCCCUCCAGGCACCGGCCUGCCAUGAGAACAUGGUGAAGGUUGGCGGCUACAUCCUCGGAGAGUUUGGGAACCUCAUUGCUGGAGACCCGCGCUCCAGCCCCCCGGUGCAGUUCUCACUGCUGCAUUCCAAGUUCCAUCUGUGCAGCGUGGCCACGAGGGCACUGCUGCUCUCCACCUACAUCAAGUUCAUCAACCUGUUCCCUGAGACCAAGGCCACCAUCCAGGCGGUGCUGCGGGCGGGCUCCCAGCUGCGCAAUGCCGACGUGGAGCUGCAGCAGCGCGCAGUCGAGUACCUUACCCUCAGCUCCAUCGCCAGCACUGACGUCCUGGCCACAGUACUGGAAGAGAUGCCUCCUUUCCCAGAGAGGGAGUCAUCCAUCCUCGCCAAGCUCAAGCGGAAGAAGGGCCCCGGGGCGGCCAGCACCCUGGAUGAUGGGCGCAGGGAGCCGGGGCCUGGGGGUGACGUGAAUGGGGGUGUGGAACCGGCCCCCAGUACUGGGUCUACACCCUCGCCCUCUGCUGACCUCCUGGGGCUGCGGGCGGCCCCUCCCCCUGCAGCCCCCCCAGCACCUCCCAGUGCCGGCAGCCUCCUGGUGGAUGUGUUCUCUGACAGCCCCACGGGGGGCCCACCCAGCCUGGGGCCCAGCCCUGAGGAGGCCUUCCUCAGCCCAGCUGCUGAGGACCCCGGCAUCCCCAUCCCCGAGGCUGACGAGCUUCUGCACAAGUUCGUGUGCAAGAACAGCGGGGUCCUCUUUGAGAACGCUUUGCUGCAGAUCGGGGUCAAGUCUGAGUUCCGGCAGAACCUGGGACGCAUGUAUCUCUUCUAUGGAAACAAGACCUCGGUGCAGUUCCAGAACUUCUGUCCCACUGUUACUCACCCUGGGGACCUCCAGUCUCAGCUGGUGGUACAGACCAAGCGGGUGCCGGGCCAGGUGGAUGGGGGUGCACAGGUGCAGCAGGUCCUCAACAUUGAGUGUCUGAGGGACUUCCUCACACCCCCUUUGUUGACUGUGCGUUUCAGGUACGGGGGUGCUCCUCAAGCCCUCACUCUCAAGCUCCCGGUGACAAUCAACAAGUUUUUCCAGCCCACUGAGAUGGCUGCCCAGGCCUUCUUCCAGCGCUGGAAGCAGCUGAGCCUCCCCCAACAGGAGGCCCAGAAAAUCUUCCAAGCCAAUCACCCUAUGGAUUCUGAGGUGACCAAGGCCAAGCUCCUGGGCUUUGGCUCAGCCCUGCUGGACAACGUGGACCCAAACCCAGAGAACUAUGUGGGUGCUGGGAUCGUGCAGACCAAAGCCCUGCAGGUGGGCUGCCUGCUGCGGCUCGAGCCCAACGCCCAGGCCCAGAUGUACCGCCUGACUCUCCGGACCAGCAAGGAGAGUGUAUCUCGUCACCUGUGUGAGCUGUUGGCUGAGCAGUUCUGACCUUGGACCGUGGG